AUGAUCGAGCGAAAGAACGCGGGACAGGAUAGGUGGGAGAGUAGAGAGCUGAGAAGCGGGGAAGAGCUGCCGUUUGUUGCACUCAUUCACGGAGCCGACCUCCAGUUCAGAGGUUGUGUGCUUCCGGACGAUACGAUCGUGCAACAGGUCUACGGAAACACGGUGGCGGGGGAUCCCUAUCGGGCAUGGGUACUGCGUUCGGAAGACCGAGGGGAGACAUGGGAAAUGGUGACGAUGGCCUAUGAUGGGGGGGUACAUCCCUUCAAUGAGACAAGCUUGUUGUAUGUGCCGGGGGAGGAACGUAUCAUAGCGAUGGUUCGAACCGCUAGCGGCAGCAAGAGUAUCCCGGAGGAAGAGAAGUAUCUAUGGCAGACGCACUCCGACGAUGGCGGCAAAACGUGGAGUGAGCCAAAGAAGACGGAGAUGUGGGGAUAUCCGGCGCAUCUGUCGAUGCUGCGGAACGGAGACGUGCUCUGCAGCUACGGACACCGACGGCCUCCGUAUGGUGUAUGUACGCGGGUGUUUUUCUCAUGA